AUGCAACAAAAUCUAAUGGUUUGUAUAGAAUCAGAUGAAGAAAUUCAUUUUGACAUUGAAGUUAAUGAUGAUAUCGAUAAAGGGCCUAUUUCUCGAAAAGAAAAUGUUUAUUCAGUAUUGGAUGAGAGCAUUUGUUGUGAAGUUGAAGAAUAUAAAGUUAUACAUGUUGAUAAUAUGGAUGAUGUUUGUUCAGUAUUGGAUGAAAGCAUUCGUUGUGAAGUUGAAGAAUAUAAAGCUAUACAUAUUGAUAAUAAGGAUGAGGUUUGUUCAGUAUUGGAUGAAAGCAUUCGUUGUGAAGUUGAAGAAUAUAAAGUUAUACAUGUUGAUAAUAAGGAUGAAGUAAAAUUGUCAGUAACAAAAGCAUUAAAUCGUAGUUUGAAUGGGAUGGAACUAAAUGAACAUUUAAGUGAUAUGACCAAAGUGUAUAAACGGUUUGGAAAAAAAUUUGUAAGUUUUUAUUUGUCAUUAAAAAAUAUAAAAACUACCUUUUCUUAUGGAGAACAUUCAUAACUAAUUUUAUUUAUAUUGGUUAUAUUGAGAUAAUAUAGACAGUUGAUACUAUAUGGAUAAUCGAAGCUAUAUGGACAGUUCCAUUA